UGGAUGUUGGUUUGGAAGAACUUUCAAAAACAAAAAGCUUAUAAGUUAGUUUUAUUUCUGUCGAUAGUCCUGCCUGUGAUUUCGUUUUUAUUGCUCUUUUACUUUCGAUCCUCAAACGAACAACAUUUGAGGGACUACUCGGGAAAAGACGAAGCCAGAAUAUUGGAGUUGGGUUGGCGUUCGCUGAUCGAUAAAAUAAAUGAACGACGAGCCAGAGUGGUGGAGAAACAGAAAAAUUUUAAAAUGAAUGUCUUCAUACCGCAAAUAAAAGUGGGAUUUGCUCCAAAUUCGAAUUCGGCCAUAGGAAUCUUAAUUGAGGCUGCCGUACUAGAACUUUCCAUCUCGUCAGACCAGAUAGAAGGCUUUAAGGACUGCGAUGAUUUGCGAGCUCACGCUUCUUCUGAACAUUAUUUGGCAAGUGUUUGCUUUCGCAAUGUAAAUGCCGAUCCUACGAAAAAUGGCCUACCUACGCUGUUGCAUUUCGCCAUAAUUAUGCCAUCAGAGCUCCGCAACUAUGAACAGACAUGGAUCGGCGACAGCUGGAAGGAAAUCAACUUUCUUGUCAAUCCUGAAAGUUCCGAUAGCGAGGAAACCGAGGAGGAAAGCUACGCGGAUUUUUUACGAGAGGGUUUCGUAGCCCUACAGUACUACAUCAGUGCCGAAUACCUGCGAACUGCGACCAUGGGACAACAAAUCCCAAAAGUCUUACUUCGCCGAUUUAAUGAAAAUGCUAAUGUACUAAUCUUUGACAGAGUAGCCACUUCAGCCAUAUUACUGAUUCUACUUGGCUUCAUGUUUCCUGUGACUGUUCUAGUUAAGUUGAUUGUGGAGGAGCGCGAGGUUGGACAACGUUUCGCGAUGGAGGCCAACAACGCCAGUGCAGCAAUGCAAAUGGUAGCUUGGUUCUUCAACGGAUUCCUUGAGUUCCUGGUGUCUUGUAUUUUUAUCACUUGUUUACUCAAGAUCGAGUGGGAUGGACUUGCAGGAGUAUUAGAAAAAAGUCCCUGGCAUAUAUUAUUCUUUUUUUUCAUCUCAUAUGGAUUCUCUGUUAGCAGUUUUGUCAUAUUAAUGUCAUCAGUAAUGCGUAACACAAAAAUAGCUAUGGUUCUGGUCCCAAUCAUAUGGAUUCUCGUGCCCCUUCCAUUUUUGUCGGACGAAGAGCUAAUCUCUGAACUGCCAGAUAUAUUUUAUAUAGUAGCUACUGUACUUCUUUGCAAUGUAUCAUUGAGUCGUGGCUUAAAGAAGUUUUUUUACAUCGAAGACUUCCCGAGAGAACCGAAAAAUAGUGAUUUCUUUGAUUACAAAGUUAUGCAUUCUGAUUAUGGUCUGGUAGUACCUUUUGCAUGUUUUUAUAUACAGGCAUUACUUUGCAUGCUAAUCACCCUGAUCCUGGAAACUAAUGCAUGCGCUUGCUUUGGAGGUAUUUUCAGAAAAAUGAGACUAAAAAUUCGAGGAAUUAAACUAAAUACUACUGAGGAGGCGGUGGAAAGGUGGCCUUUUAAAAUCCAAGCAGGCAACGAUCGAAGGUCAACUAGGCUUCAGAAGAUCCUCAGUGUAGGAAGAAAAAGCACCGGUGCAAAGAGCGAAAAAAUUGCGACAAUUGAGUUUCGAAACGUGUGGAAAAAGUUCUCGAAGUCGUUUGUGGUGCGGAACUUCACAUUAAGUGUUUACCCUGGAGAAGUGGUAGCACUAUUGGGCAGUAACUCAUCGGGAAAAAGCACAAUUAUUAAGAUGCUGUGUGGACUGAUAAUGCCCUCUAAUGGAGAGGUCUACAUAUCGGGCCAUAAUGUAGGUACGCAUAGAAGGCAAGCAUUUAAAAAUACCGGAACGUCCUUGUCCUCCAGCACAUUGUUCUCCGAGUUCAUGGUGUACGACCACCUAAUAUUUUUCUGCAGGUUGCGUGGUCUUAAGCACAGCGAAGCCAGAAAAGAAGUAAGGGCAUUUCUUCGCUCCUUGAAAAUUGAGGAGUUGGAAAGAACAAAGGUGAGGAAACUUACUACCGGACAGAAACUCCUUUUGCAGUCCCUAUGUGCUUUCGUUGGAGGAACUCGCAAUGUAAUCCUCGACAAGCCCUUUGACGGUGUGGAUGAGCCGAAGGCCAGGUUGUUAUUCAGUUUUCUCCAGGAACAAAAGAAAAGUCGAUCCAUAUUUUUCACCACCAAUAGCCCAAAAGUAGCCAGCGAUCUUGCCGAUCGCAUUGCUAUUCUGUCCAAGGGUAAACUGCUAUCGUUGGGAACCGAGCAAAGUCUGUGCAACACUUUUAAUGAUUCCUAUCGAUUGACUAUUAAUGCUAACGAAAAUUGCAAUUUCGCAGAAGUGCACCUUUUUUUGGAGAAGUACAUAGCUGAUAUUGAGAUAGACUCUAGUUUGGGCGACACCGCAGUUUUCCUAAUUAAAUAUAAAAACCAAACUGAAUUGAUUGCUUUGCUUGAGGACUUGACUCAAAACAAAGAGGAGUUGAAUAUAUACAGCUUUCAACUUCAGGAAUGCAGCCUUGAACACAUUCUAUUAAACUUGUUUGCCAAUGAGCAAUCAAGUUUUGAAUUUGAAGACCGCAGAUCCCUUAUAUUUUCCAUCAGCAACCAGCGCCAGAAGAGAUAUAUCUUACCGAUUAUGCACCUUUGGGAAGUGCUUCGCCAGCGUCUGAUCACCGACUUCAGAAACUGCUUUAUGCCACUUUUAAAAUUUAUUUUACCCACUUUGGUUGCGGUUUGGACACUUUGCAUGCCAUACUUUUGGGACACAUGCCAGCCACCGGGAAAAGCUCUUUUUCCCAUUGGCGAUCAAGGCAGUGGUAUCGUUGUCCUGCAACAAAAGUCCUCAGAAGAGAGACUGGUCAGGGCGGGAGAGGAGUAUGUCACAUCAGGAGCCAUUGAGAUAAAGCCGGAACUCGACAUUACGAAUUACAUUCGCAGCUAUGUAACAAGCCACAACUUGUUAUCCGACAUAGAUUUUAUUGCGGCUGCCAUAAUUUCCGAUGGCGAGGUCCAAGCUCUCUUCAACAACAAAUGGCCCCACUCAGCACCCGAUAGUUUGGCCCUGGCAAUGAAUUCCUUGGCAGUUGGCUAUUUGGGCUCUGACUCGGGGAUAAAGGUGGAAAUCGAACCUUUGCCCUUCUCGACGGUUCAUACUCUGCAGUUGCAUCUGAACAUCGAUGGCAUUGACUUGAUAUUCGCCUGCUCCCUGAGCUUCAGUUUCUGUUUUAUUUGGAGCAUCCCCCUGCUGUAUAUGACACUGAGCCGAGAGAGUCGCUAUAACUAUUUUGAACUGGUUGCUGGGAUGCGGAUGAGCAUAAUGAUUCUAGCUUUUCUAAUAUACGAUAUAGCUGUGGUGUCACUCGCCUUUCUUCCUUUAAACAUAGCCGUCAUAUUUCUCCAGUGGGACGUACUAAUGAAUGUCGAUAUUUUCCUGCUUUAUGCCUACGUCUUGGUUGUCGUUGCGCUUUGUGUCCUCAGCAUAAAUUUGCUUAUAUCCAUUGGAAAGUGUAAGAUUCAUAAUUGUUAUCUCAAGGUAAUCGCCUUCUAUUCAUUUGGUAUUGUAAUCUACCUUGCUGUGUAUGAAACAAAACCCAUUAUAGAAUCCAAUGAGCUAUUCUUUUUAUUUCUCGACUUUCAUCCGUUUUAUUCCCUAUUGCAUAACCUAAUGCGCAUUGCCAGUAUAUCGGAGAAAAUGUGGCUCUGCAGUGAUGUGCAAAUUUGCGAGACCAGUGAAUACUCGGAGCAGUGCCAAAAGGUCCCAAACUGUUGUGAUACCCGUGCACAGCAGUUUAACUAUUUUCGAUUCUUAAUUUGUGUAUACCUAUUGACAUUCGUUGUGUGGAUCUCAAUUUUCAUAAGUCUCAAGUCAAAAUUGGUGAAGCGUAGGCCCCGCCAAGAAAAAUAUUUUUGGGACAGUGAUCCAGAUAGCCAGUACGACCAAAAUAUUUUGCAUAUUUCCCAACCCAAUGAGCUUGAAAAUACCUGGAUUUUCGAAAAGUCACGUGUUCGAACACUGGAACGAAGUUAUAUAGAGACGAAAGUUUUGCAUGUGGAGCACCUGAGCGUUUUAUUUGGUCUAAGGGCGGCACUAAAGCACAUUGAUUUUAUGGUCAAUCGUUAUCAGGUUUUAAGCAUAUUCGGGGAAAAUGGAUCUGGAAAAACGAUUCUGAUGAAGGCAAUUCUCGGGAUUUACUCACCCAGCUCGGGACGAAUAAUAUGCUCGAAUAUGGUGCCUUUCAAGUCGGAGAACUUGGAAGCCUGCGAUCUGAUUGGUUAUAGUGCUCAAGAAGGGAAAAUGUUUCGCACGUUGACCAUAUUGGAAAGUAUUCGUUUGAUAUUGCGAGUACGGCGGAUAAGUAGGAAAACCCUAAAAUCGGAUGCUACGACAGUGUGCAGAAUAUUCGGUCUAUACAGGUACAGGUUCCACUUGCUCUCAGUUUGCAGUCAGGGCAUACUGAAGCGGCUGAGCAUAGCCAUUGCACUGAUUAGCGAUGCCAAUCUCAUCCUGCUGGACGACCCGUUCGCCCAGCUGGACGUGAUCUCCCGGCGCAACAUGCUGCACGUAAUCCACGAUGUGUGCCGACGCGGCCAUGCCGUGGUAUACACCUGCUCCGACACCGAUCUCUCUCUACCGGCACUCCGCAUGGCCGCACUUAGUCAUCCGCGAAUCGCCGCCAUUGGGGAGCGGCAGGAAAUGGAGCAGAACCACUACUCGUCGUACUACGUCGUUGAGACCAGAAUCGAAUUCGAUACCGCUGAUAAUGGUGCGGUGGACAGUGGAACACUGGAGCGGGAAGGUGGGUUCGAGGCAGUGCAGAUGUCUAAAAUAAAUCAAGAUUCCUCCAGAGCACGCAGAGAUAGUGAGGAUAGAUGGAAAUACCUAAAGCUUUGUGGCCUCAUUGAGAAAGUAUUUCCGCAUGCAAUUGUCAAGACUGUACGCUUUCCGAAGGCCUGUUUUUGGUUGUCAAGUCAUAUGUAUUCCAUGUCGCAGAUUGUCAAAACUCUUCAACUGUACAAACACAAUUUUUAUUCAUUUUCAAUUUCCCAGCAGCCGUCAGUAAGUUCCAUAUUUCUCACCAUAAGUCCCGAGAAAAUGCAAAAGGAGACAUUUACUUAUUAAUGAUAAUAA